CUGGAUUAGUACAUCGAUCUUUUUUCAAUCCCCAGGAGCCAAUAAUCUCCACAGCAAUUGGAGAAGGAGAAGAAGAGAUGAGGAAGCGUCAAGUGGUACUGAAGAGAGCCGAACCAGCUCCGCGAAACUCCAGUACUGCGUCAUCUCUAAACCUUAGGAGCACUGUGCGAUAUGGAGAAUGCCAGAGGAACCACGCUGCCGGCAUCGGAGGCUACGCCGUCGACGGAUGCCGGGAAUUCAUGGCCAGUGGGGAGGAGGGGACAACCGCUGCACUUACCUGCGCCGCCUGUGGCUGCCAUCGGAGCUUCCACAGAAGAAUAACGGAUCAGGCUACCUCCGAGUCUUCUUCAAGUGGGACGUAGAACAGGCCAAAAUGAUUCUCAAUAUUCGUUCUACUUUAAAUUUGAAUCCUUUGGCAUGACCAUAUAAGUACUAUAUGCCUGCAGUUGUCUUGUUCUAUCAUAAAGUUCCCUUUCCUUUCAUUUCACUGGCUAGGUGAUCAUUAGAUGAUGUCUAAAAAUGGCCUUGUGAUUUGGAUUUCAGAUUUCUAGUUCUAGUUGUUGCUAAUGUUGUUACUGUGUGA